UUACGUAUACCUUAUCGCUACAUCUUUUUAUAUGAUUAAGCAGAUAAUCGCGAUUUGCCCUGUUAAUAUUCGGCCUUUUAGAAUGCUACAAUUUCUAGAAUCUUACGAAGAGGCUGUUCGACGCCAUCGGUUGAAAUAAUAAAUGUUACAGGGCGAUAGUGCUUAUCUAUUUUAUUUGAGGGCGAUAGGUAAUGCGUUAAGAAAUUGGGUGAUACACAGAUAUUUCUGAAAUUUGAAUCCCCUUUAUGACUCGUUAUUAUCUGAUAAAGGAUCGAAUAUGAAACUUGAAUUCAAAAGAUAUGUACUUUUAAUUGAAACCAACGUAAUUUGUACACGUAUACACUUAUUAUUCCUUAAUUCGCGAACAAAUAACGCGUGAGUCAUCUGAUUUUCCGUGAGAAAUAAGCCGUGAUCUCGGUAACAAGGAGGGUUAAAAUGAUCGUAACAGGAGAGAGAGGAAAUCAGCUGAGCGGCUCACGAAAUAAUCAGGAAGCUAUUAGACCGAGUUACAUCGCGGUCUCGUAACGAGUGUCCAUUUUAGUUCUCUCCGAUGCCUAGUUUCUAACGUAACAGAGAAUUCUAUCGAAAUACCACUGAUUUUCUGUAAACACGAGCAUUGAUAUUCCGAAUAGAAUGUACCUACCUUUUGAAAUAAUUAUUUUAAUUGUACGGAAAGCAGGUGAUUAAAAAGAAAAAAAAAUGAAUCACUGCUAUCGAGAUCAUGGAUUUCUCGGGUAAGUGCAUUCUAAGCUUGCACGCCGUGCAUUAUGCAACGAGAAAACGAUACACAUUUGUGAGUUUGCAUUGCGUCAUCAUCGAAAGUUGUCAAACUCGUUGAACUGCUAAAAUUAAAUGCCGAACAAAUGGCCUUUAAUAUGUGCAACCAGUUGGUCAGAGUACUUAACAAAAAGUAUCUACCUUUUUGAUUCUAAGAGAACCGAGAUAUUCCAGGUUUUAGUAAGAAAAUUGGUGGAACCAAAGGGUGAAAGUUUGCAGUAUGGAAAAUAUAUCUGCAUUGGAUCAAAAAAAUUAAAUGACGUUGUAGUACGUUCUUUUUUUUUCAAUCGAUAACUGGUUGCAGGUAGCGUAAUAAGGCAUAAUGAAUAAGGAAGAAUAAUAAGCUGCUGACGGAAGAAAAAACUAGAUUGUCAACUGUUAUAUUACGUAGAAGACAAUCCAAGGACGUAAGGAAUACAGUUACAGCAAAGGAAGCGAAAAUGGGCUGCGCUUCGCAGUGUGCCAAAUACUUUCUCUGUUUUUUCAAUUUCGUUUUCUUUGUAGCCGGAGGAGCUGCGUUGGCCGUUGGAAUUUGGCUAUGCGCCGAUAGCAGUUCUUUUGCUGAUGUCAUCGGCAAGCUUGACCAGUCAGAUAUUCUGACGAAAACGGAUGCGGAUGUCAUCAAGAUAAUAUCGUACAUCUUGAUUUUGGCAGGAGCGCUUACCUUUCUGAUUAGUUUCUUAGGUUAUUGUGGAGCUAUGUUUGAAUCUCGAUGCCUUCUCUGCGUUUACGGUGUUCUUAUUCUUCUGAUCUUAAUUCUGGAAUGUGUUGCAGUAGGUUUAGCUUUUGGACUUAAAGGGGAUGCGGAAAAAACUACGCAAAACUUUCUCAAGACCACAAUUAAAUACUAUGCCAGUAACAUUGAUAAAGCAGAAACAGUAACAGUUGCUUGGGAUGGUAUAAUGACUCAGCUUCAUUGUUGUGGAGUAGAUAAUUAUUUGGACUUUAGAGAGAGUGCAAACUGGACAUCGUCGGAUAAAGUCGUUCCUGAAGCAUGUUGUAUGAAGGAAAACAAUAUGUUGGAAGAUCCAACCUGCCCUAUCAACCCCACUUCUUCUAAUUCCUAUUAUCAACAGGGUUGUUAUAAUGCAAUAAUGAGGACAAUCGAAGCGAACAAGGCAAUAGUAAUCGGUGUCGCGAGUGGACUAGCACUUGUCGAAAUUCUGGUCAUCAUUUUAGCUUUACAUCUAGCCUGCUGUUAUUGGCGACCACAACACGGUAGGCUUGCACUUUUCACUGACGCCUCUAAAUGAAUCAAAUGAAUAUUCUAUUGGAAGAGUGAAUAAGAACAAUUACUAAUAACACGAAGAACGAUUAGAAAGAACUAUUUUCUAUGAAAGACAAUUUAAAGAAGUUUAAACACGUUUCUCGUGAAAACUUAAUAAAAACGUUCUUUUAGCUUGCGUCGACAUGUCGUCGAAACAGGCUUGGUGAAUUAACAACAACGGAGAUGUUGUAUUUGCAUUUCUCAAGUAAGACUUAGAAAAUUAAGUUACUUUGAAACUUUUUCCAAUUCAAGUAAAUCUCAAUUAGUAUAAUUAUUUUCUUUUGAUCGAAGAGGACGUACGAUCAUUUUUUUCUUGAUAAAAGGAUCAAUGUUAAAGAAAAAAGAAAUAUAGAAAUCAUAAUUCAAAUAAUUUUGAAUAAUGAUCAUUAAAGUCGCUAUCUUCUGUUAUUGAAAUUGUAAUUGAUUAAGUUUUAUAAUAAUUAUAUUAAAAAUAAAUUAUCGUUAUUUAUGUAAUAAGUUCAUAUAUUUACAGUUAUGUAAACAGAAUUACUUAUUUAAAAAGUUAAAAACUUAGAGAAAGUAGAUUUUGUAUACUUAUGCAGUAGUAUAAUAGUGUAGUAUAACUUUUUAUAUUUUUCUUACUGUUGUGCAAUUUUUGCAAAUACUUUAAAUGAUAACGAACUUAAGCAGUUCACGCAAUCAUUUGUGCAUUCACAUCGCGCACACAAAACAUUUUCGUUUGCAGUUUUAACUUGUUGGUGCUGCUGUUGACCCGAUACACUAAACAGCGAACUCUUCGCACCUUCGUGGCUCCUUUCUUCACAGAAGUGAAACAUUCGUUUAAGCUUACUAGAAACUAGCCCAGGAUACAUAUUUUCGCCAUCUACUUCAUUAUAUUAUGUUGCUUUUUUAAAAAGUUCAACAAACAUCUCGACAUAUCUUAGUAUAUAUAAAUAAAAAUUCAAACAUAUAUAAAUACAUUGUAAUUAUUUCAGCAAAUUAAGUCUCAUUGUUUCGGUUGUUUUAGGGAGAGUAUUUCACAACUCAAACAAUGUAAUUAGAAAAUUCAUUUAUUUAAUACAAAUUUUAAUUUUGCAAAUUAAAGAACUUAGGAUGCAAGGUUUGAUAAAGUUACAUAUGCUUGCGCUGAACUACUUUGUAUGUACAUAUAAAAUAAUUGACACAGAAUAUAAUAUUGCAUUAUUUUUUUAAGUUGUAUUUACCAUAUUAUAUUAGUGUGUACAGAUAACGUAUAUUGUAAUCCUAUUUAUAAGAGAAUUAAAUUGUAUAAUGUUUUAUAAUA